AGAGGGCGGUGACCCGCGUGCCGGCUGUGACCGCCCAUCGCACCUCCCCCGCGCUCCGCCCGCAGUGCGCUCGUCCGGGGGACGCUUGCGGCCGGGAAGGUGCGGGGAGGUCCCGGGACCAGCGGUCCCUGAAAGGGGUGUUGUACCCCGAGGCGUCUGGUGCUUUGCUUUGUUUUGUUUUUGACGCCUUCCCGCUGUACAACCAACUACGUAUCCCAUCUCCCCACUAGGAUGGUUAGUGGGGCUCUCGGUGUCUGAGCAGCACCCUUGUUGCUACUUCCCUGCCCUCUGUCUGCAAAAAAAAAAACAAAACAAAACCUGAUGCCGUCUAACCCCUCUCAGAAACUGGGAAGAAUGCUAGGUCGCUGCAGCAGAGGAAGAGCUACAGAAAUCAGGGCCUUUGGAACUGGGCUUGGACACUCGUUACUUUUAGGCCUAUCUUUGUCCAUUUUCUCUGUCCGGCUUCAUUCUGCAGAACAGAAUUCUUCAUAUGCCCAAGAAGGUGGCCAUCCGCAGCCAGCUUCACAUACGUCCAGGGUAAAGUUUAUUGGAAGAGGAGAAGCCAAAGGCAAUAGGACCAAUGAGGAAGCAGUUGUAAUAGCUCAGACAUUUUUGUUGUAUGAAGUUGAACAUGGCAGAAGAAGAGGAUUAUAUGUCUGAUUCCUUCAUUAAUGUCCAAGAAGAUAUCAGACCAGGAUUGCCAAUGCUGAGGCAAGUUCGAGAGGCCCGCCGAAAAGAAGAAAAGCAACAGGAAGCUAAUUUGAAAAAUAGGCAGAAGAGUUUGAAAGAGGAAGAACAAGAAAGACGUGACAUUGGGUUGAAAAAUGCACUAGGCUGUGAAAACAAAGGGUUUGCUUUGCUCCAGAAGAUGGGCUAUAAAAGUGGUCAGGCCCUUGGCAAGAGUGGAGAUGGUAUUGUUGAACCAAUUCCUCUCAAAGUCAAAACAGGAAAAAGUGGCAUUGGUCAUGAGACAUUAUUAAAACGAAAAGCAGAGGAAAAAUUAGAAAGCUACAGAAGAAAGAUUCACAUGAAAAACCAAGCUGAAGAAAAUGCUGCAGAACAGUUCCGAAUGCGACUUAAAAAUAAGCAAGAUGAAAUGAAGCUAGAAGGAGAUCUUAGGAGAAGCCAGCGAGCCUGUCAACAGUUGGAUACGCAGAAGAAUAUUCAGGUUCCCAGAGAGGCCUGGUACUGGCUGAGGCUUGAAGAGGAGACUGAAGAAGAGGAAGAGGAAGAUGAAGAUGAGGAUGAGGAUGAGAGUGAAGAUUUAAGUGUACUGGACAAAUUACAGAUAUUGACUAGUUAUCUAAGAGAAGAACAUCUGUAUUGUAUUUGGUGUGGAACAGCCUAUGAAGAUAAAGAAGACCUGUCUUCAAAUUGCCCAGGACCAACUUCUGCAGAUCAUGACUAAGAUUAUUGUCAAUAAAGUAGAAACUUGGAAAAUGCUGUUGCCAGAUGUUUUGUGUUUUGUUUUUUUUGUACUUCAGAAGUACUUUGUACUUUAGACUAUAAUUGUCCACUGACUUCAAUAAAAGAAUGGACUAUUUCAGAACACAA